AUGUCUGACCCUAAGCAAUACACCGUGGGGUGGAUUUGCGCCAUCAGUACGGAGUACACGGCGGCAAAGGCUUUUCUGGAUGAGACGCACCUAAUGCCGGAACCUCUCUCUCCGGCGGACAACAAUGCCUAUACAGUAGGCAUGAUCGGCAAGCAUAAGGCCGUCAUUGCAGUCUUACCUGACGGUGAGUACGGUACCGCAUCUGCAGCAAGCGUGGCACGAGACAUGCUGCAUAGCUUUCCAAACAUCAAAAUUGGCCUGAUGGUCGGCAUCGGUGGCGGCGCACCAAGCCCCAAGCAUGAUAUUCGCCUGGGCGAUAUUGUGGUCAGCGCAUCUCGAGAUGGACGGGGUAGUGUUUUCCAGUACGACUUUGGCAAAGCGAUACAGCAUCAAAGUUUCCAACAAACAGGAGUCCUAAACCAGCCGCCAACAUCCUUACGAACGGCGCUCAGUGCACUGAAGAGUGAUUAUGAGAGCGACGGGCAUCGGCUUGAAGAAUCUAUCAACAGUAUUCUAGAACAGAAGCCAAGACUACGGAAGAAGUACAGGCGGCCGGAAGCAAGCAGUGAUAAGCUAUAUCGAAGCGAGUUUGUUCAUCCUGUCGACGAAGCAAGCUGUGCAGUGACAUGCGGCGAUGCUCGGUCUCACUUGGUAUCGCGACAAGAACGGACAGACGACGAGGAUAACCCUGCCAUUCACUAUGGCUUGAUUGCAUCCUCAAACCAGCUGAUGAAAGAUGCCUUGAUUCGGGAUAGGCUUGUUGUUGAAAAGGAUGUUCUUUGCUUUGAGAUGGAAGCGGCGGGGCUCAUGAACCAUUUCCCCUGCCUCGUGAUUCGCGGCAUAUGCGACUAUGCCGACUCCCAUAAAAAUAAAGAGUGGCAAGGGUAUGCAGCGAUGGUGGCAGCUGCAUAUGCGAAGGACCUUCUGCAGAGAAUUUCUCUGAACAGAAUUGACGCCGAGGAGAAAAUUAGUGUCAUUCUAUCUGAUGUGCUGAAAAGUACCAACCAAAAUGCAGAGCGGGCGUACGACCAACGAGAGCGACAUCAAGAUGAGCAGAAAAUAAGAGCUUUAACGGAGCAACAACAACGCUGUCAUCAAGUUUUCAAGAAAUCAAACUACGAGGAACAAAAAAACGUGAAUCCAUGCCGAGCGGAAGGAACUUGCCAUUGGGCGUUACAGAGUUCCGAAUACCUUCGUUGGUUAACUAGCAGCCACAAUGACCUUUUAUGGGUCUCCGCCGAUCCAGGCUGCGGGAAAUCUGUCCUGGCCAGAUCAAUUAUAGAUGAUCAGUUGCUAGCUUCAAGUCCAGCAGUGACUAUUUGUUACUUUUUUUCAAAGACAAUGAAGAGCAAAACCGACUUGAUGAAGCUUUAUCUCUUUGAUCAGCAGCCCCACCUAUUACCUUACGCCAUAACCUCAUGGGAAAGGAAUGGAGAGGCGCUCCGAAAUGAGGCUGAUGAGCUGUGGCGAAUCUUCAUAGCGGCAACAUCAUCUAAUGCUUCGUCCCAGACGAUCUGCAUUUUGGAUGCACUUGAUGAAUGCCGUGAUGUUGAUCAGGAUCGAUUGAUUCAGAAGCUCCAGCUCUUCCACCGCCAGAAAUUUGCACCGACCAAAGAGACCUCUUUGAAGUUUCUAAUCACUAGUCGUCCCUAUGACCGUAUCCAGAAUGGCUUCCAACCGACCACGGACUCUUUUCCACAUCUGCACCUGAAGGGCGAAGAAGAAAAUGAUCAGAUCCACAGGGAAAUAGAUCUGGUGGUGAAGAUGCGAGUAAGAGAGCUGGCCGACACAGCACCGCUAUCAUGGGAUAUACAGCAGCGGCUGGAGGCGAAAUUGUUAGGAAUGGAACACCGCACAUAUCUUUGGCUAUAUUUGGCCAUUGACGACAUUCGAUCUACCUUUGAGAAUAGCCUUUGUCCCGCCGAGGAAUCAGUUCAAAUGAUACCUUCGUCGGUCGGCCAGGCAUAUGAGAAGAUUCUUAGUCGAGUGCCUCCUGGCCAGGAGAGCAUCGUGAAAAAGGUCUUGCAGAUCAUUGUUGGAGCACGGCGGCCUUUGACGAUAGCAGAAAUGGCUACCGCGUUGGGCUUGGCUCGAUCCCCACAAUCGCGGCCGGCAGCACUGGCUGUAGUUGAUCCACUGCGGCUGGAGACGAAGCUCCGUCGUUUAUGCGGCCUUUUUGUUUUCGUCAAGAACUCCAAGAUCUAUCUGAUUCACCAGACAGCAAGGGAAUUUCUCAUUGAAAAGGCAAAUUCGAACGAUCUGAAUUUUUCAUACGCAUGCGGCCUCAAUGACACUGAGAACCAAAUGGCUGUUUUGUGCGUGCAGUAUCUAUUAGCAGAAGAUGCUGAAGAUUUCACCGGCGCAUCGCGGGCUUCUGAGAGCCUUUUGGGAUAUGCAGCUAUACAUUGGCCCGAUCACGUGAGACACAUGACAUUGAGUUCAGACCAGGAGAUGAUUGAUCGAGUACGUCGAUUGUAUGACACAUGUGAAGAGCAAUUUUCUCCAUGGCUGUCCCUCUUCUGGCAAGCAGUGAUGCCAAACCGGAGAGCGCCUCGAAUGAAUGCACUGCAGCUGGCAGCAUUCAAUGGCCAUACGCAACAGAUGCUGCUAGAGCAAGGAGCCGAUAUCAACGCCCAGGGUAGAUAUUUCGGAAAUGCCCUCUACGCGGCUUGUUUCGGAGGAUACGAUAAGAUCGCACAGAUACUGCUAGAGCAAGGAGCCGAUGUCAACGCCCAGGGAGGUAUUUACGGAAAUGCCCUCCAGGCUGCUUGUGACGGAGGACAUGAUAAGAUCACACAGAUACUGCUAGAGCGAGGAGCCGAUAUCAACGCCCAGGGUGGACACCACGGAAAUGCCCUCCAGGGUGCUUGUCUUAGAGGACACAAUAAGAUCGCGUAUAUACUGCUAGAGCGAGGAGCUGAUGUCAACGCCCAGGGCGGAGAGCUCGGAAAUGCCCUCCAGGCUGCUUGUUCUGGAGGACACGAUAAGAUCGCACAGAUGCUGCUAGAGCGAGGAGCCGAUAUCAACGCCCAAGGUGGUGACUACGGAAAUGCCCUCCAGGCUGCUUGUUCUGGAGGACACGAUAAGAUUGUACAGAUACUGCUAGAGCGAGGAGCCGAUGUCAACGCUCAGGGUAUAGACUACGGAAAUGCCCUCUACGCGGCUUGUUCCGGAGGACACCACACGAUCGCACAGAUGCUGCUAGAGCGAGGAGCCAAUAUCAACGCCCAAGGUGGAGGGUACGGAAAUGCCCUCCAUGCUGCUUGUUCCGGAGGACACAAUAAGAUCGCACAGAUGCUGCUAGAGCAAGGAGCCGAUGUCAACGCCCAAGGUGGAGACUACGGAAAUGCCCUCCAGGGUGCUUGUCUUAGAGGACACGACAAGAUCGCACAGAUACUGCUAGAGCGAGGAGCCAAUAUCAACGCCCAAGGUGGAGGGUACGGAAAUGCCCUCCAUGCUGCUUGUUCCGGAGGACACAAUAAGAUCGCACAGAUGCUGCUAGAGCAAGGAGCCGAUGUCAACGCCCAAGGUGGAGACUACGGAAAUGCCCUCCAGGGUGCUUGUCUUAGAGGACACGACAAGAUCGCACAGAUGCUGCUAGAGCGAGGAGCCAAUAUCAACGCCCAAGGUGGAGGGUACGGAAAUGCCCUCCAUGCUGCUUGUUCCGGAGGACACAAUAAGAUCGCACAGAUGCUGCUAGAGCAAGGAGCCGAUGUCAACGCCCAAGGUGGAGACUACGGAAAUGCCCUCCAGGCUGCUUAUUCCGGAGGACACGAUAAGAUCGUACGGACACUGCUAGAGCAAGGAGCCAAUAUCAACGCCCGGGGUAGAGACUACGGAAAUGCUCUCCAGGCUACUUAUUCCGGAGGACACGAUAAGAUCGCACAGAUGCUGCUAGAGCAAGGAGCCGAUAUCAACGCCCAGGGUGGAUACUACGGAAAUGCCCUCCAGGCUGCUUGUUCUGGAGGACACGAUAAGAUUGUACAGAUACUGCUAGAGCGAGGAGCCGAUGUCAACGCCCAGGGUAGAGACUACAGAAAUGCCCUCCAGGCUGCUUAUUCCGGAGGAUACGAUAAGAUCGCACAGAUGCUACUAGAGCAAGGAGCCGAUAUCAACGCCCAGGGUGGAUACUACGGAAAUGCCCUCCAGGCUGCUUGUUCCGGAGGACACGACAAGAUCGCACAGAUGCUGCUAGAGCAAGGAGCCAAUAUCAACGCCCAGGGUGGACACCACGGAAAUGCCCUCCAGGGUGCUUGUUCCGGAGGACACGACAAGAUCGCACAGAUACUGCUAGAGCGAGGAGCCGAUAUCAACGCCCAGGGUGGACACCACGGAAAUGCCCUCCAGGGUGCUUGUUCCGGAGGACACGACAAGAUAGCACAGAUGCUGCUAGAGCAAGGAGCCGAUAUCAACGCCCAAGGUGGAGACUACGGAAAUGCCCUCCAGGGUGCUUGUCUUAGAGGACACGACAAGAUCGCACAGAUACUGCUAGAGCGAGGAGCCGAUAUAAACGCCCAGGGUGGAGGGUACGGAAAUGCCCUCCAUGCUGCUUGUUCUGGAGGACACCACAAGAUCGCACACAUGCUGCUAGAGCGAGGAGCCGAUAUCAAUGCCCAGGGUGGAGACCACGGAAAUGCCCUCCAAGCAGCUCAUCGGGGAGGUUAUCACCACAUAGUGAAACUUCUCCAGGAACAUCAAUAUGCUGAUCAGUCGACCUCCCAAUCUUCCCCUUCCAAAAGGCUGAAGGUUUCAUCAUGA